GUUAAUAGCAUUACACACUCGUGGGGAGUUAGUGGUCAUCUAAGCUCCACUGACGGGCCGUGUAUUUGGAAAACGAACGGUUAAAAAAACCUUUUUCAGAGCAGACGACGAGCGGCUGCGCAAGAUGGUGUUUCACUGUCUAAAUGUUUACAUUGUAUGUCCGGUCCGUUAGUCCUGGGUAAUGUUAGAAAAAAAAAAAAAUCAAGUGGUUCACAAUUAAGAGUGGUGUGAUACAGCUGUAUGAUGACAGUCCGUGAAGGGGGCCGCGUUUCAGUGCUGAUCGGAAAACAUGGGGCUCAGGAUCAGUGCCAAGGGUCAACAGAGCCACAGGAUGGUGAUCUUCUUCGCCGUCUUCAUCCUGACAACACUCCUCAUCCUCUAUGGCUCCAACAACAGCAAUGAUGGCAUCUACAUCCCCUUUCACGUGGCCAUCAGUCACGCCGUCAAGACUGCAGACCUCAAGACGUUAGCUGGUAGAGAUGGCUACAUGCCAGUUUUCGGUAACAAGAGUAUGAACCUGCACUGUCGCAACUGUGCACUUGUGACGAGCUCCAGCCACGUCCUCGGUAGCCGGGCGGGGGACGAGAUCGACCGGACGGAGUGCGUGAUCCGCAUGAACGACGCCCCCACGUCAGGCUAUGAGACGGACGUCGGCAACCGCACCACCCUCAGGGUCGUGGCCCACUCCAGCGUCUUCAGGGUGAUGCGGCGGCCCAACGAGUAUCUGCGGCGCACCGACGGAAACUCCACAAUCAUCUUCUGGGGACCCCCGAAUAAGAUCUGGAAGGAUGCGAAGGGAACCUUGUUCAGAUUGAUCCAGAGGAUCGGGAUGACCUAUAGCAACCUCUCGUUCUUCAGCAUUUCACCAAACAAAAUGCGAAAAUUUGAUAAUUUGUUCAGCAGAGAGACCGGACGGGACAGACAAAAGUCCCACUCGUGGUUGAGCACUGGCUGGUUCACAAUGGUCAUAGCCAUUGAGAUAUGUGAUAAUAUUAAAGUAUAUGGGAUGGUUCCACCAAAUUACUGCGGAAGAAAGCCGGGGUCCAAGAAGAUGCCCUACCACUACUACAAACCCAGGGAGUCUGACGAAUGUGCAACGUACCUUCAGAAUGAAAACAACCGCAGGGGACACCACCAUCGUUUCAUCACAGAGAAACAGGUGUUUGCCCGCUGGGCCAAGCUGUACAACAUCACGUUCACCAACCCCAAGUGGUGAGACAGCAGCUGUACAGCCAAGAAGCAGACAAGCACAGCGGAUUCAAGUUCACGGUGACCUCAAAACGAGGCGUCACAAAUGCUUUUAUCCGGCAAAGAUGGUGAAGAUACGGGAAAUCUUCAGUUGAUGAUGGUGAAGAUGUGUGGAAGUGUUUCCAUUUCUGAUUUCAGGUACUAAACUUGUAUGGCUUUUGGAGCACUGUCAAUCGUGGUCAGAAAGUUUACACACCAGCGGCAUGAAUGUCAUCAGUUUGAGGUUUAAUUUGGAGCAUUUUUUUUUCUUAGGGUGAAAGGAUUUCACAACAAACUCCUUCCAAGUUUUCGGGCAAAUCUGGGUGCAGCCACACAGAGUCAGAAUUCUACAUGCAUCCUAGCAUAAUGCAUCCUGGAUACUCACUCUUUAUGCAGAACUGCUAUAGUUUGUUUAAAAAGGCAGCUCUGUGCAGAAACUAGGUGUAGUUUUCUAGCUGAACACCGAUCUAUUAAAAAUUGCGGUCUGCCAAUUGCGGUUUUGGCCGAUACCAACUUUUUUUGUCCAAAAUGUUGCUAAAUGUGGCAAGAAAGUUGAUGAGUUGCCAACAAUGAGAUGACUAUUGUUAACUGCAAACAUAUAGAUCUGAUCUGGUGGGCCGGCCUGCUAAUCAAACCUCUCUCACAGUAGAGCAGAAGAUAACAGUUGAUAUACAUACCUUUGCCGAGGUAGAUCAAAUCGGUGGUUAAGAUCAGCUUCACAUGUGAAAAUCGGCCGAUCACCGAUUUCCCAAAAUCGAGGAAGUCAGCACCGACGAAUCUGUGCGUCCCCAGCAGGAACCCAACAGAUUUAAAUAAAGUUUGCACGUUUUCAAUACUACCGAGGUCACAGCUUUGGGAAGACUCUUCCAGAACGUUGAAGUUAGCAAGUUAGCUAUUACAAAGUAGGUUUUGAUGUGCAUUUAUUGACAAAUAAAAUGCAGGAAAAUUGAUUCUAAAAAAAUUCCUUCCAUAGACAGCUGGUGCAGUUUGCUUUUAAAAGCCUCUCACUCUGUCUCAUCUGCCAGUAAAGCUUUCUCCAGAAAACAUUUGGCUUCUCUAGGUGUCUAUUCUUUUACGCACUGCCCCAUUGUUACCCGUAUAGGACUAUCCAGUAAUAAGCAUGUCAAUGCUUGAAUGUUUGAAACUAUUACAGCCAAUCAUGAUCACCUUACUUUAGUUUGGAAGAUUUGUAUUUAAUAGAGUCUGUCUCUAGGAGAAACACAAAUUAGAUUUUUUUUUUCUUUAUAAAAUAAAUCAGGUUAUGUGUUGUAAUAAUCAUUCCACCCUGGGGAAAAAAAAAGGGGAACCUCAUUUUAAAACCCAAAAAUAAUGUGUUCAUUCCAUUGAAUGUGUGUGUAAACUUCCUCACUGCAUCUGUGUGCCACACAGUGCUGAUAUUUUGUACAUAGAAAAUAACUAAUUUAAUAGGUUGUACACAUCUCUAUAUUUUUAUGUAUUUAAAUGUUUUCAAUGUUGGAGGAUUAUAUCAGCAAGUUCCUUUAAUCCAAAAUCAUCAAGUGGUUUACGACACGAUCAUUUAAGUAGUUUUCAUCACUGUUGUAAAGAGAUCCUAUUGGAAAAUAGCUGCCAAAGACAGAUGUCCAAUUCAGCCGACGGGCCAAUCAUAGCGGAGCCUUGUGAGACGACACAGCAGCCCCACACUGUGGUUUAGAGCAGGAGCAUGUUGAACUGGACAGUAUUAUAGUUUUACAACAAUCCAGACCUAAACCUAACUAACUUCAGUUAAAUAUUUUUGCCACAAGGGGGAACUAAUGCAUCCAUUGAUAUCUGAAGCUGGCCAAAAUUUUAAGUGCAUGCAACCAGAAUGUAUUCCUUUAUUUAUUUAUUUCAGUUUAUUUCAGUGCUUUAUUCAGUUCAAGAAAUUAGAACGGUUUAGUUGGAUUUUGCAUUUUCUAACCAUAUAUGCCUUUUAGGAGUAGCUGAUGACCAUCAUUGUGCUUUAGUUCUUCUUCAUGUUUUGCUGAAAGUUAUUUGUUGGUUAUGAAAAGUGUGAUUUU